AACCCAACACUUCCGCGUUUUAGACUCUCCCUCAAUAAUCCGUGUUAGACCCCGAGAAACUCGAACAGACGAAAAAACUGAAAAUGUCACUGGGAAAAAUAUCCAAAGUUUCAAGGUUAUGUUGUUCCUGUGGAGUAACCAGACCAUUCCAUACAAAUUCUAAACCACUUUUAUUUUACGCCACUCCAAACCUCAGUGCUGAACCUAUGAAAAGAAGGAAAAAAGUUGAUCUUUCAAAAGUCAUUCAGUCUACUCAACUGAAAAUAAGAAAAAUGGAAAGAGAAAUGAGAAAAAGAGAAGAGAAAUUUGGAAGAACUCUCAAACCAGUUGAAGAAAUUACAGGCAACAUAGCAAUAAGGAGAAAUAGAGACAAACUAAGAAGAGAAUUUGAACCUUUACCAGUAGAGGAAAUAGAAAGGAGAGCUCUUUUAGUAAAGGAAUGGGGCCAUUAUAAAAACCAACAACAUUUUACAGAGGAGAAAGCCUUACAGAAGGCAAUACAUGUCCAAACUAAAGCUUUAAAUGAACUUAGAAUGGAGUCAGAAGAAUUGUAUCAAAAAGCAAAAGAGAUCCAUGAAGGUGAUAUUAUUUAUCAGUUUAAUGGUCCCACUGAGACACCUCCUGCUGAUGACUUUGAUUCACCUGAUGGACAAUAUAUAGAUACAUCUAGAAAGUGGUAGAAUUUAUUUCAAUAAAAAAAUAGGGAAAAAGUGGUUCAUUAUUUA